AUGGUUGAGUCGAGCUGGCUGCCUGAUUUAGCAGUGUCAUCACAAGAAGCAAAAAUGAAAUCAUCCCUGCCUAUUGGGGUCCCAAGAAUCACUGUGCCAUCAGAUGUGACUGGGAUAGACGAGGCUGUGUUACUUGACAGGCAUGGUCGUAGAUCAUCUAAAGCAGAUAGGACAUCUUGGGGCAAACCAACCAUGAAGACAUCAUCAAGUGCGGGGCCCAGGGGAUCACAAUGUGCGUUUGUCUCAUCGUGGGCCCACAGCAUCAAAGAGUUGCCAAACUAUUUUUCAAGUCUGAAUCAAAUUCUUGAUAAUGUUGUCCACGGUGACCACGGUGAUCCCCAGAGAGGUUCUAUAGCUCAAGCUCUUCGUGAGGCAGUGCCUUCUGACAAACAACUGGAAGAUAUGCUACGGAAUAAAAGUAAACUACAAAGAAAACUGACACAGGAUUUAGCCAGCACUGCCAUCACUGACAUGAUUAUGAUAAGCUCAUGCGAUAGAGAGGCAGCAAGACUUCGGUCUUUGCAAGGCAAAGGGGCAGGGGCAUGGAUAAAUACGAUACCAACUUCGCAGAAGCUCGCACUAGAAUCCCGCGAUUUUCGCUUGGCGGCCUGCAUGAGGUUGGGAUUGUCUAUGCCCUUCAAAGGAUAUAUCCAAAGAUGUGAUUGCGGUGUCUCCCUUGAUGGAUCUGGCUAUCAUUUCUUGACAUGUAAAUGGGGUGGUGGGCCUGUCUGGUCCCACGAGUCCAUAGCUGCAGUGUGGGCAGAUUGUUUGAGAGAUCUCCAUAUACACCACCGACGGGAACCUAGAAACAGGUACUCAAACUCAAAUGACCGCCCGGAUAUCUCUGUUUUUGACUGUGGCUCUGGGUCUAAUGUGGACCUGGACAUCUCACUGGCGCACCCAUGGAGCUCUGAAAUCGUCAGCAGUGCAGCACACACAGAUGGAGCUGCAGCACUAAAGAGAGAAGAGAAGAAGCUGACCAAAUAUUACAAACAACUCCUUCCUGGGGGAGAAUCGUUCACCAUUGUCCCUUUAGUCCUGGAGCAUUUUGGAAGAUGGGGCAAGGAAUCAGAAUGUUAUCUACAACAAUUGUCCCUCAGAUCUACAGACGACUUGGGAAGACUGAACAGGGCGGAGUUUUUGCUGCAGUGGAGACAACGCAUUUCAGUUCAGUUGCAAAAAUGCAAUGCGAAAGUUAUCUAUCGCAAGGUAGAGGGGGUGCUGAGAAGUGGCAAAUAA